AUGACUGAAGAAGAAGAAGACGCAGAAUUAUUAAGUGAUGCUAAAGAAGCUGAAAAAUUAAAUUCAAUAACUCGAUUUGAUCAAUCACCAUGGUAUGUCAAAGGCGGAGAAAUGCGUGAUUAUCAAAUUCGUGGUCUUAAUUGGAUGAUAUCAUUACAUGAAAAUGGUAUCAAUGGUAUUCUUGCUGAUGAAAUGGGUCUUGGCAAAACUUUACAAACGAUAUCUUUACUUGGUUACAUGAAACUAUGUCGUAAAGCAGUACCACAUUUAGUAAUAUCUCCUAAAUCUACAUUACGAAAUUGGAUGAAUGAAUUAAAACGUUGGGUACCAUCAUUAAAUAGUGUUUGUUUAAUUGGUUCUGCAGAAGAACGUACGCGUAUAAUUCAUGAAGAAGUUGAACCUGGUGGUUGGGAUGUACUUGUAACAUCCUAUGAAAUUGUUUUACGUGAAGCUGCUCUUUUGAAAAAACAUAAUUGGAGUUAUGUUGUUAUUGAUGAAGCUCAUCGUAUUAAAAAUGAACAAUCAAAAUUAAGUAAAAUGGUACGUUUACUUAAAUCAACAAAUCGUUUAUUAAUCACUGGUACACCACUACAAAAUAAUCUUCAUGAAUUAUGGGCAUUGUUAAAUUUUCUUCUACCUGAUGUAUUUGAUUCAGCUGAUGAUUUUAAUGCAUGUGAUGUCGAAAAAAAACUUCCACCAAAAGUUGAAACAAAACUUUAUGUUGGAUUAGCACCAUUACAACGACAAUGGUAUACAAAAAUUCUAAUGAAAGAUAUUGAUAUAUUAAAUAGUGUAAGUGGAAAACUUGAUAAAAUACGUUUAUUAAAUAUUCUUAUGCAACUUCGAAAAUGUGCUAAUCAUCCAUAUAUAUUUGAUGGGGCAGAACCAGGUCCACCAUAUACAACCGAUAAGCAUUUAAUUGAGAAUUGUGGAAAAAUGGUUAUCUUAGAUAAACUUUUAACUAAACUUAAAGAACAAGGUUCACGUGUAUUAAUAUUUAGUCAAAUGACACGUAUGUUAGAUAUAUUAGAAGAUUAUUGUAUAUGGAAAAAUUUUGAAUAUUGUCGAUUGGAUGGACAAACAUCACAUGAAGAUCGACAAGCAUCUAUUGAUGCAUAUAAUAGUCCAGAUAGCACGAAAUUUGUAUUUAUGCUUUCAACACGUGCCGGUGGUUUAGGUAUUAAUUUAGCAACAGCUGAUGUCGUUGUUUUGUAUGAUAGUGAUUGGAAUCCACAAGUCGAUUUACAAGCUACAGAUCGAGCACAUCGUAUUGGUCAAUUGAAAACGGUUCGUGUAUUUCGUUUAAUAACUGAACAUACUGUUGAAGAACGUAUUGUUGAACGAGCUGAAAUGAAAUUACGUCUUGAUCAUGUUGUUAUUCAACAAGGUCGUUUACAGGAAGCGGCAACGAAAUUAGAUAAAGAUGAAAUGUUAUCUAUGAUUCGUCAUGGUGCAACUCAUGUAUUUUCAUCGAAACAAGAUGAAAAUGAAUUGGAUGUUGAUAUUGAUUUUAUAUUAGCACAAGGUGAACGAAAAACGAAAGAAUUAAGAGAAAAAUUUGAAACAUUGGGUGAAGGUCAAUUAAGAAAAUUUACUAUUGAUAAUGAAAAUCUAUCUGGUCCAAAUGCCAGUGGAUCCGGUGAUGGAACUGAUAUUGGUGGUAGUUCAAUUUAUAAAUUUGAAGGUGAAGAUUACCGAGAAAAACAAUCAUCAACUCUCGGUAUUAAAUGGAUUGAGCCACCUAAACGAGAACGUAAAGCAAAUUAUGCAGUUGAUGCCUAUUUUCGUGAAGCAUUACGAAUGAGUGAACCACGUGCACCGAAAGCUCCUCGACCACCACGUCAACCAAAUGUUCAAGAUUUUCAAUUUUUUCCUCCACGUCUUUUUGAAUUACUUGAUCGAGAAAUUUAUGCCUAUAGAAAAUCAAUUGGUUACAAAGCUGUACGUGAUCCUGAUUUAGAUGAACAAGAAGGUAAACGACAACAACAAGAAGAACAAAAAAAAAUUGAUGAAUCUGAAUCAUUAAAUGAAGAUGAACAAUAUGAAAAAGAACAAUUACUUCAACAAGGUUUUUGUAAUUGGACAAAACGAGAUUUUAAUCAAUUUAUUAAAGCAAAUGAAAAAUAUGGUCGAGAUGAUUUAGAUGCUAUUUGUCGAGAUGUUGAAGGAAAAACACCUGAUGAAGUUAUGUCUUAUGCAAGAGUUUUUUGGGAUCGAUGUCAUGAAUUAACUGAUGUUGAACGUAUUAUGGCACAAAUUGAACGUGGUGAAACAAAAAUACAUCGAAGAAUUAGUAUUAAAAAAGCACUUGAUGCAAAAAUGGCUCGUUACAAAGCACCAUUUCAUCAAUUACGUAUUCAAUAUAAUACUAAUAAAGGCAAGAAUUAUACUGAAGAAGAAGAUCGUUUUCUACUCUGUAUGUUACAUAAACUUGGAUUUGAUAAAGAAAAUGUUUAUGAAGAACUUCGUUAUGCUAUACGUCAAUCACCACAAUUUCGUUUUGAUUGGUUUCUUAAAUCACGUACAUCAAUUGAAUUACAACGACGUUUAAAUACAUUGAUUACUUUUGUUGAACGAGAAAAUCAAGAACUUGAAGAACGUGAACGAGCUGAAAAGAAAAAAGGUCGUACAUCAUCUAAAAAUACAAAUGCAUUAAAUGCAUCACAAAAUUCUCAAUCAACACCUGUUGCAAAGAUUAAUGGUAAUCAAAAACGUAAACCUGAUGCAUUUACAACUGCAUCAAAUAGUUCACCUGCUAAACGAAAGAAGAAAUGA